AUGUCCGACGAACCGCCGGCGGCGACCGCCGCGGAGGCCGAGAAGGGCCAGCAAGCCGAUCAGGGCGGCGGGGGCUGGGGCGGCUGGGGCCUCUCCGUGUUCUCCGAGAUCUCCCGCAGCGCGGUGGAGGUCGCGAAGAGCGCCAUGGCCGACAUCCAGCUGCCGCCGGAGCAGGAGGCGGGCGGGGAAGAGAAGGGGAAGGAGCCGGAGGGGGGGGAGGAGGACGAGCGCCGCAAGGCCGCGCUGGAUAAGCUGGAGGAUGCUAGCGAGGACUCGCUCCUGGGGCAGGGGCUCAAGGCGUUCGACACCUCGGUGGAGAGCCUCACCACCGGGACGUGGCAGGCGCUCGGAAGUGCGUGGAAGAGUGGCUCGCUGAUUGUUCAGAAAUUGGAAACUUCUGCCUCAAGCUUUGCCGAAACCAUUCAACAGGGGGAACUUCCUGCCAAAGCAUCUGAAAUUGCACCAACCAUUUUAGAGACAGGGAAGUCGUUCACAGCCAGAGGAAUGGAAAUGCUGGAGCGUGUUGGAAAAGAGACAAUGGAGUUGAUCAUUGAUGAGACUGGAAUGGAAGUUGACAAAGGCACUGGCGAAGGUGAUCAGCAAACAGAAGAGGAACCGUUUGAAGAAGUUUCAUUCGACAGAUGCUUCUACAUUUAUGGAGGACCUGAUCAGUUAGAGGAGCUGGAAGCAUUGUCAAGCCACUAUGCGUUGGUAUUUAAUAGGAAAAAGUCAAAACUUGUUGCGGAGCAGAAAGCAUAUUAUGAUGCAAAGAUUAAAGAAGUACAACAGAUUUUAACUCUUAGUACCAAGACUGAGGAAGAUGGACCAGAACCUGACAAAGGGAAGAAGAUUGAAGCAACUGAUACUGAUGGUGAUGCAGAAAUGAAGAAGUUAUGUGACUCGAGUGUUAGCAAGGCUGCUAAAAUGGCUGCGGGGUUCACGACUGCCUUGGGUGGACUUUCUCCGAGUGAUAUUAUCAAACGAACUACUGAUAGGCUGGAGACCAUUCACUCAGAGGGUGUCCACAGAUUGUCAGAGAUGUGCUGCCUUGCAGUUUCUCAGCUUCUUGUGCUUGGGAAAUCAGUUAUCUCUGCUGCAGAUACAUCGAAGAAUGAAGAUGGAGAUGAUGUGAAAAUUGACUGGCCUGAAGAUCUCGUUUCAAAAGCAGAAAUUAUCAGAUGCAGAGCGCAAUCCAUCGCUGGGGAUAUUGAGAAGGUCUCCACGAGUUUUGCUACAGGCAUCUCAGAUGUUGCGGAAGCAUAUGCAGCAGCUAUACAAAAUGCUCUCACGGACAAGCAGGGCAAUGUCCCACAUCAAUCGGUGCAGGAGAAAGCUAAGUACAUAUCCAGCCAUCUGAAGUCUGACCAGACUUGCGCCGUCAGCAAGCUACAUGAUGCCCUCCAGUACCUGGCUUACGUUGUUGUCUGCACCUCAAUGCCAAGUGCCUAGUCCUGGAGUGCCUCCCCCGUUGUUGUUGUUAACCACUUCAUGUACAACGCAGUUCUUCAGUGUUUGCCAGGAUUAGCGUCACUAGUUAUUAAGCUACACUAGGUGAUGUGUUUCAUUUGUUCAAGCGUCAUGAAAUCAGUAAUUGGUUGUGUCUUGCUUGUAUUUCUUGGCACAUGACAGAUUGUUGCUCUCUACUUUUUCCUGAGAACAAUGAGAAUUACUGAUGUUUAAUAGACGUGAAGUAAAAAAGUUUAUUUAAAACA